UUAUUUGUAAAAGAAUAAAAACAUGCGAUUUUCUAGUAUAGACAGUUACAUAAUCUAUUAGAAGAGUGUAAUACACUUUAUUGUCAGUGUUCAAUUCAAACACUAACAGCAUGAAUUAUAAAAAAGCCACCAAAGUGUUAGGUGAUGAACAUGCUGAUGAGUGAUAACUGGUCCAAUUCAGCAAGAAGCAACGCCAAAAUUAGCUCCCAAUUUUUGGGAUCGAAUUCCGCCUCCAAGGCCUCUGUUUCCGUUUCUUUCCCUUCUUCUCAUACCAAUCUCUGCUUCAAAUCUGUUGAGAUUUCUAGACACCAGUCAUCUAGAACAAGGGCAAUGUCAAAGGCAGAUAGUAGCAGCUAUGACCAAGUGAAAGUUGAUAUCUCUCUGAGCCCCAGAGUUAACUCUGUGAAGCCAUCAAAGACAAUGGCUAUAACUGAUCAUGCAACUGCUCUAGCACAAGCUGGUGUCCCUGUUAUUCGAUUGGCUGCCGGAGAGCCUGAUUUUGAUACGCCAGCUGUUAUAGCAGAGGCUGGAAUAAAUGCAAUUCGUGAAGGUUACACAAGGUACACUCCCAAUGCAGGUACGAUGGAACUUCGUAUGGCAAUUUGUCAUAAGCUAAAAGAGGAGAAUGGAAUCUCAUAUACACCUGAUCAAAUUUUGGUCAGUAAUGGUGCUAAGCAGAGUAUCCUUCAAGCAGUUCUUGCAGUUUGUUCUCCUGGGGAUGAGGUAAUAAUCCCUUCUCCAUAUUGGGUAAGUUACCCAGAAAUGGCAAGGCUGGCUGAUGCAACACCUGUUAUUCUUCCGACACUCGUCUCUAAAAAUUUUCUAUUGGAUCCAAAGCUCCUUGAGUCUAAAAUCACUGCAAAGUCAAGACUGUUGAUUCUAUGUUCUCCAUCCAACCCAACCGGAUCUGUUUACCCUAAGAAACUGCUUGAAACAAUUGCGGAAAUUGUAGCAAAGCAUCCCAGGCUCUUGGUGCUAUCUGAUGAAAUAUACGAACAUAUAAUUUAUGCACCGGCAACUCACACGAGCUUUGCAUCAUUGCCAGGCAUGUGGGAGCGGACUCUAACUGUCAAUGGCUUUUCCAAGGCUUUUGCAAUGACUGGUUGGCGACUCGGAUAUAUUGCCGGACCUAAGCACUUUGUUGCAGCAUGUAAUAAAAUCCAGAGUCAGGUCACUUCAGGAGCUAGUAGUAUAGCACAAAAAGCAGGAGUUGCUGCAUUAGGCCUGGGCUAUGCUGGUGGGGAAGCAGUUUCCACCAUGGUGAAAGCAUUCAGGGAACGGCGAGAUUUCUUGGUUAAAAGCUUUGGGGAAUUGGAAGGUGUUAAGAUGUCAGAACCUCAGGGAGCUUUUUAUCUCUUCAUUGAUUUCAGUUCUUACUACGGAAUAGAAGCUGAAGGUUUUGGUAAAAUUGAAAAUUCAGAAUCACUUUGUCGAUACCUCCUGGACAAGGCUCAGGUUGCACUAGUCCCUGGAGAUGCAUUUGGGGAUGAUAGCUGCAUUCGCAUAUCCUAUGCAGCAUCCCUUACCACCUUACAAGCUGCUUUUGAGAGAAUUAAUAAAGCACUUAUCACCCUGAGACCUGCUGUCCCUGUUUAACACAGAUGAAUUAUCAUGCAGCAUAUUGUAAUCGUUGUACUUUAUUUUGGGAUUUGAACUUGUUAUUUUUUGUAAUAAGUUUAUUGCAUAAAAUUCUGGCUUUUCUAGGUUCAUUUAUUCUCUUCUAUGAUUGUCCUGCAUUUUCCUUCCAGAGGCCGAAUCCCCACGGGUUUGAGAAAGGAAAUAUUAUUACAUGCUCAUUUGUCAUUAUUGUGUUUGAUAGGCCCGUUAUGAAGUCAUUAGGGUUAUGGCAAAAAGAGCUAUGGAAAACCCUUCACCACGGCUUUCCUUUUUGUAACUCGUUUUUCAUUUGCCUUCAAUUUGUUAUAAAAAACAGUAAUGUUAGCGUAGUAUAUGUUUACUUUCCAUAUUAUAUACUGUUCUUAUAAUUCGCCAUUCUUGAGUUCAGAAUGUUCCCAAGGAAUAUUUCUUUCUACGGUAGCUAGAUCUAGGGCUCCAAGGAAUCAAUUCCCCUUCCAAACAAGUUUGCUUCAUAUGUUCCAACAUAAAGAUAGUAUCUUGUUUAUUUAGGUUUAUCUGGCAGAAUGGUAAUUGGAAGAAAGGUUGAAUCGUAAAACGACAUUAAGGCUCAACGAGAGUUUCUCUGGCCAUACUUGCUAAAUGAAUGUAAUUCUAGUCUUUCAAUAGGAGACAAAGCGGGAACUUUUCCAAAAGGUUUCAGGCUAAGGUUUCUGUUCCAAGAGAAAAAGCUAGAUGGUAACAUAAUCAAGGAAAAGCAACCCUUUCCCUUUUUAGCCAUAAUAUUCCUGCCUAGCAGGUAUUUCCUUGCAUUAAGGCAUCCCUAAGAAGCUAAGGAACCCUUCAUCCAAAGCCUAAAACUAUGGACUUGAACCACAAGACAAUC